AUGUCUCCUAUGGGUGAUGGCAAGUCGAGCGAGGUUCACGUGCGUCGCGAGGUGCUCCUCCAAAAACAACAAAAUUCCCUUCUUUCCUCCUCCCCCUCACCUUCUCCCCGUUUCCCCUUUCUUUCACCUCCAAUCCACCUGCCUACCCCCCACCUUAUUUCUCCUCCCACCGGGCGCUUUUGUGAGGAGCAGGGGAGGAAGAUGCACAGGGAAGGAGCAGGUACGGAGAAGAUGCACCUGACGAUCACGAUUGCGUUAUCCUCACUGUCAGUGCUGGUGGGAGGAUUGUCUUCUCCGUGCCUGCUCCUCUCCUGUGCAUCUUCUCCCCCUCCGAGUCAUGCUCCCCCGGUGAGAUCGCUGGUGCAGAUGCGCCGAGCAAGAUGGGAGAGGCGCGUAGGGGGAGUUGUGUGCGAGGACCGCGUGCCAGCAGUAGCUGACCGCGUGGUACUGCAUAAGCUGGCGCAGGACAUGCGUGAGUGGCCGCGCCUGCAGGUGAGUGAUUAG